CGCCCCGCCUCCUCCCGCCCCGCCCCGCCCGGGGUUCCCACGGCGCCCGCCCGUGCCCGGCGCCGUCCUCCCCGCCGCCCAGGCCUUUGGCGAACAUGGCGCUUGUCCCCUGCCAGGUGCUGCGGGUGGCCAUCCUGCUGUCCUACUGCUCUAUCCUGUGCAACUACAAGGCCAUCGAAAUGCCCUCGCAUCAGACCUACGGAGGGAGCUGGAAAUUCCUGACGUUCAUUGAUCUGGUUAUCCAAGCUGUCUUUUUUGGCAUCUGUGUGCUGACUGAUCUUUCCAGUCUUCUGACUAGAGGAAGUGGGAACCAAGAACAGGAAAGACAGCUCAAGAAGCUCAUCUCUCUCCGGGACUGGAUGCUGGCUGUAUUGGCCUUUCCUGUUGGGGUUUUUGUUGUAGCGGUGUUCUGGAUCAUUUAUGCCUAUGACAGAGAGAUGAUUUACCCGAAAUUGCUUGAUAAUUUUAUCCCAGGGUGGCUGAAUCACGGAAUGUCCACUGAUAAUCAGACAAAGAGAAAACAGAAGUGAUAUCAGCAAAUGAAUCAGAGUUUCCAAAAUGUAAUGUUGUGGUAGGAUCUUCAUGGCUGCCACAUAUGGAGGCCGAUAGAGUCAGACUCGACUGGGCGACUUCACUUUCACUUUUCACUUUCAUGCAUUGGAGAAGGAAAUGACAACACACUCCAGGGUUCUUGCCUGGAGAAUCCCAGGGACGGGGGUGCCCGGUGAGAGGCCGUCUAUGGGAUCGCACAGAGUCGGACAUGACUGAAGCGACUUAGCAGCAGCAGCAGCAGCAGCUAGCAUUUAUUGAAAACUUUCCACAUGCAAAGUACCCUGAUAGGCACUGUGUAGUUACCGGACGAGAAAAACACGUGCAAUUUUAAAGAAUGGGAAAGGCAUGUUUGAAGUGGAUGAAGGUAUUUAUUAAUAAGAAAACGAUUUCGCAGACCAACAGAGCAUCCCCAAUAGGUUGUAUUCACUUACACUAGGAGAAGCACUGUUGUUAUUCUGGCUUAUUUCUUGGAUGCAAAAGUAGAACCGUGAACCUUUCUCUUUUGCUGAGAAUAAUUUUAAAGUAUUGUCAAUGGAGUAAAUAUACAUUAAAAGCAAUAAAUAAAUAUUUAAACUCUAGAAAGAUUGCAGACUCUCAGAGAUGCUAUAAUAGGAAAAAGCAACAAUAAGACAGUCUCCUAGCUUAUGGAAGACCUAAUGAAUGUUUAUAAAGUGCUUUGAGAAUGUCAAGCACUGCAAAAGUUUAGGAUAUUAUUAUUAUCCCACAGAUCUUUAAGCAGACAUGACCUGGAUGCUCUUAUCAUCACAGCGGGAGUUAUUCAUUCCCUAUAUAAUUUAUCAGGAGACAGAAAAUAAGUCCCACCUCUCCUCAUGCUUGAUUUGUCAGUUGUUCUUGUUAUAUGUAACUGAUCCUCAAGAGAACCUUAAUUUAGGCAAAUGUUUAUUCUGUUCAAUAUUAUUUUGACAUUUGGUAAUUACUAAAGUUCUUGUACAUCUGUCUUUCCCAGAAGAGAAGGCAUUAAAUACUGCUUGGAUGAUCAUUGGUGUUGUAGAAACUCAGAUUUGAUGUUCUUCUUUUUGGUAAAUAAUAAAGCUUAUGGAAAUUUUCCAUUUCUGGGA